UCGCUCCAUAAGAGGUUCUGGGUUACAGGGGAAGCAUGUCAGACUGCCUUCAAAGGACUGCGCAUUCCGGGGCCUCCUGAACUCCCAAACCGACGACGGAGGCGAGUAAGCCUCUCAUACCUGCAAAUUCCUGUGCAAUUGCUUUGAACACGCCAAUACAAGUGUCUCAUAGUAAAUUAAUACAACUCGCAAGAAACAAAGUUGGCUUUUGGUAUAGCUUAUCCAUUUUGCAAAUUAGUAAUUACAUGGCAGUUAAAUUUGUGUCGUUAUACAUGCAACUGGUUAUUAAAUGCAUCAUAAAAGUGUAUCAGAUAUUUGUGCUUCUCCACAUGCACAGCCUUUGCAUUUGCCCCUAGUUUUUCCUCCAGAGUUCCUCCCCCUGCGGCGCUGGGCGGAGUUUCAUACCGGACCAGACGCUCCUUUUGUCGGAUCCGUUUUGUCCUGACUCCCCGGGGUUUACAGAUGAAAAAAAAAACAUAGGAAAAGCAUAAAAAAGACAAUAUCACGAUUCACUUCUAAUUAAACAGCUGGCCAUUUAUGUACAAUCGUCAAAGAGCUGCCUGGCCUUGACUGGGCAGAGGAGGAGGAGCUGCCAAGAUACUUCUCAAGUAUGAAUGGAAACGGCACUCUCUCCAGCGUCACCCAGACUGUAUGCAUCAAGUGUGAGCCAGUUAUGGAAGAGUGGAGUAAGGAGGACUGUCUGAUCCUGCUAGACCGAAUCCGCACCCUGCUGCCUGAUGUGGAUGCCAUGAAGUACAAGACCACUGAGUCGCACUUUGACUGGGAGAAGGUGUGCUUCGGGCCCUUCACCGGAGACAUGUGCAAGCAGAAAUGGCAGAAGGUCUCCACUGAGGUGAGGAAGUAUCGAACCAUGACAGAACUCCUUAUCGACGCCAUGGAGUAUGUUAAGAACCCCUAUAAGGGCAAGAAGCUCAAGACCCAUCCAGACUUUCCUAAGAAGCCUCUGACGCCAUACUUUCGGUUUUUCAUGGAGAAACGAGCCAAGUAUGCAAAGAUCCACCCAGAGAUGAGUAACCUGGACCUCACCAAGAUCCUGUCCAAGAAGUACAAGGAGCUGCCCGAGAAGAAGAAGUUGAAGUACAUUCAGGAUUUUCAGAGGGAGAAAGAGUCGUUUGAAAAGAACAUGGCCAGAUUCAAGGAGAAUUACCCAGAUCUGAUUGAGGAGAGGAAGAAAUCUGAUGUCCCGGAAAAGCCCAAGACACCACAGCAGCUCUGGUACAACCAUGAAAAGAAGACCUACCUGAAGCUGCACCCUGAUGUAAGCCCGAAGGAACUGAAGGAUGCUCUGAGGCGGCAGUGGUCUCAGCUGUCCGAUAAGAAACGUCUCAAGUGGAUCAGCAAGGCACUGGAGCUGCAGAAGGACUUUGAGACGACUAUGAGGGAGUACCACGAGGCUCACCCCGAGACCAACCAGGACGAGCACGUCAAGUCUGUCCUGACCAAGGCAGAGCGGCAGCUCAAAGACAAGUUCGACGGCCGGCCAACUAAACCUCCUCCGAAUGGGUACUCCUUGUACUGCGCCAAGCUCAUGAUCACCAUGAAAGAUGUCCCCAGCACGGAGCGCAUGGUGCUCUGCAGCAAGCAGUGGAAGAUCAUGACUCAGAAAGAGAAGGACAUGUUCCAGAAGCGGUGUGAGCUGAAAAAGAAACAGUAUGAAAUCGACCUGCAGAGAUUCCUGGAGAGCCUGCCAGAGGAGGAGAGGGACCGGGUGCUGACGGAGGAAAAGCUGGGGGGCUCCAGAAUGGCACUGGGAAACUCAGCCAGCUCCCUGCGAGUCAAAUCCACACCCGUCAAGAUGAAGUUGAGCGAUGUGGACCAGACGCAUGCAGACCAGGAGCAGAGCCUCCUGAAGGAGAAGCGUGACCGAAAGAAGAAGGUGCGCCUGCCUGAGACCCCCAAGACCGCCAAUGAGAUGUGGCAGCAGAGUGUCAUCGGGGACUACCUGGCCAAGUACCGGAACAAUCGGAAGAAGGCUCAGUCCUCCAUGGAGUCAGCCUGGAAAGCUAUGGAGAAGAAGGAGAAAAUUCCCUGGAUUAAAAAGGCAGCUGAGGACCAGAUGAGAUACGAGAGAGAGCUGAUAGAGAUGAGGACCCCUCCGUCAGCCCAAGCCCAAAGGAAACCCAAAUUUGACGGGGAGCCAAAGAAACCCCCCAUGAGCGGUUAUCAGAUGUUCUCUCAGGAGCUGCUGACUAACGGGGAGCUGAACCACUUCAGCCUAAAGGAGCGCAUGGUGGAGAUCGGCAAGCGCUGGCACAAGCUCAACCAGAGCCAGAAGAACAAGUACAAGAAGCUGGUGGAAGAGCAGCAGACAGAGUACAAGGCUGAGCUCGAGGCCUGGGUCAAGUCUCUUUCACCUCAAGAACGGGCUAAUUACAAGGAAUUCUCUACAGUGAAGCGACGGAACUCCUCUAAGGCAGGUGGGCCAGCUGCCAAAGUGCGGGUGACAGGGAAGGGAAAGGCAGCAGAUGUCUGUGCCAGAGCUCCAGGACUGGGGGCCGGGGAGGGCAAGAAAGCAGUGGCAUACAGAGCACAGAAUACUUCAGACUCUGAGGAAGAAGAGAAAUCCGACUCUUCUAAUUCAGAGGAGGACUCAUCCGGCAGCUCAGACAGCGAGGAUGAAGACGAGAAUGGUGAUGAGGAGGAGGAUGAUGAUGAUGACGACGAGGAUGAAGAAGAUGACCAAUCAGAAGCCAGCAGUAGCUCAUCUUCAGAGGACAGCUCAGACUCAGAUUCAGAUUAACCCCUGGUAUUCCUAGGGGGGCGGGGGACUGUGCAGGACACAUUGGACCCCCCCCCCCCCCCCC